AGCGGCUACUGGAUUCAAAGGAUCUGAAAGGAUAAAAGAAGCUCCUGUAUUUUAUUUUGGAGGCUGUACCGUGUUUGUGGAUAUGGGAUGCAGGGGAACAGGCUUCAAGUUAUUAAGAGAGUGAGAGACACUAUUUUAUUUGAAUUUCCUUUGGCUUAGGAGACAUGUCUGGACUGUUCAUGCCUAAAAGGGUAGCUGUACCUUGAUGGGAGUGAAGCCGGGCUGCAAAUGGGAGGAAGUCUCCACAUUUCACCUACUACAACGAUGGACUACAAUGACUCCCACGCUUUCCUCUCUGGGGAGCAGCUCAUCUACACCAUCACCAUACCGCUGUCGACCUCCAUCAUCCUGGCCAACCUGGUCAUCAUCCUGGGCAUCGCCUGGAACCGCCAGCUCCACAACACGCCCAACUACUUCUUCCUCAGCCUGUUAGUGGCUGACAUGUGCACGGGCGUGACGCUGCCCUUCAUACCUUUAAUGGGCCUAAACCGGGAGUUGAGUUUCAGCUCCUGUUUGGUGGCUCACAUUUUCCCAAAUUUCCUCUUCUUGGCGUUCCUUUUCAACCUUGUAAUGGUUCACUAUGAGCGCUUCAUUUGCAUCGUCGACCCCCUGCAUUACAAUAACUUGUGGAUGCAUCGCAGUUUUCCUCUAGCAUUGCUUGUGGUGUGGGUGCCCCCGCUUCUCUAUGCAUGUCUACCGGCCUUUGGGUGGAAUAACUGGACAGGACCAGAUUGGGACGGCUGUUGUUGUGCAAGCGGCCAAAAUUUGACCCCACUUUCAAACUGUUCAGCAAAUGCAACCACCUGCUGCUCGUACCGCAGAGUAUUCCCCAAUGCUUUUAUCUACUUGGAGGUGUAUGGGCUCGUCCUACCUGCAAUUCUCACCAUCGCUGGCAUGACUGGCCGCGUUCUGUGGAUCACCAGAGGCCAGCUGAAGGACAUUUGUCGCCUCCAUCGUUCGGUGGAGCGGGGGAGUCAGGCCUCAGACCAAGAGCAGAGGCUGAACCUGCGGUACACUCGCUGCGUGGUGGCUGUGUCGCUGACCUUCCUCGCAUGCUGGGUUCCCUACCUCAUUUACAUGCACGUGUGCAUAGCGUUCCUGAUCAGUGACACCAAGUGGAGCUCCACCACUCACAUUGUGCUGUCUUGCACCGGCAUCGGAAGCAUGGCCGUGGUGCCGCUGGUGCUCGGCCUUGCCAACAAGCAGUACACGGAACCGGCAUACAAAGUUCUCCAGAAACUCAGAGACAGGUGGAGGCGAAGGACACGGGAAUCAGAGGAGGUGGCAGUGUGAGAAAAUACUGAUGAAUCUGAAUAUUUAUCUCCACCAAGGAGGUCAUGUUUCCACCCAUGUCUGUUUACAUUUGGUGGAGGGACGGGCCAGGGGCCAGGGAGGAAACCAUUAAAUCUUGGGGGCAGAUCCAGAUAAUUUAUUAUGAAUUUUUCUUUGCACAUUUGUAUUGAUUCUUUCAUAAUUUAUACAUCCAUGUCUUUAAGAAAUGGCCAUAUCUUAUUUUACCACCACUAUACUGGGUUUGGAAAUAUUUUUUUUUGUCUGCAUUGCUGAAGAUUUAGCCUUACAUUUUACAUUAGACAUAAAUGAAAAGAUGAGGAAUGAAUAAGCCACUUUUACAUUAAUACAGCCGAUUUAUGUGUUGUAUUUUUCUGUUGUCACAUUGGUUUCCAAAUAGGCCUAUAUGUUGGUGUUAACAUGUUUCCGUCCAUGGGAUUAAGAAAAACAUUUUCAACAUCUCCUCCAUUGUUACGCCAAUGUCAUAUUUCACACUGAGCUACUUUUGAAAAAAGGCAGAGCAACAAGCUAGCUAAAUGUGAACGCUGUAAUGCAAAUGAUACAAUGAAGGAAGGUUAAAUAAAACCUUGCUUGUACGAGCGCUGUACAUCCUAUAAAUAUAUCUCAAAGACGCUGAUUUCUCUUUGUGUUGCCUUCUCUGCACAUCUGUAGAACCAGUGGUACAUUUUCUUCUUCUGUCACCCUCCUGCCUGCAAUGUUUACUCCUUCUUCCCUCGCCGGUGUUUAUCUAUAUACUGGUAUGCAAGCAGAAGAGGGGAGAGGGAUGCACCCACCAUCCGAAAUACAUCUACAUGAACAUGAGGAGAUUAGGCCUUGUGCAAGAGUUGAAACUUAGCUGAGUUUCCGGUUUCUGCUCUAUUUAGAUGAAAUGUUACAGGACUGUAGAAGCAAGCGAGUCUUAUUUGCUGUAAAGAUCCAUUCACGGGAAAUUAGAUUUUUAUUUGAGACUUGAAUAAACACAGAAUAUAUGUCGUGUUAUUUGUCUCCCCGAACUCAAUGUGGUUUUGAAUGUGUGCGUACAGUAUGUGGGUGGGAAGGAGACGGACAGUAAAUGAGCUGAGGAGUAAAAGCAGACUUUAAUCAAAUUAAAGGGCAAACAAGGUCUGAACUGUUUGCGGGAUAUGAGGAGAUAUGGGAUAUCAUCACGGGGUCAGUGGUAUGCCACCUGUAUGUCUUUUGUUUGUGUUGCCAUGCAAAGCCACGUAACAGCAUGUUUUCCACAUCAGAAUAUCGUGUGCAUAUGUGUCAGGAAGACAGAGAAGAACCAGGAGAGG